AUGCUGUCUGUCAACUGCUCAGCACUUCCAAAUCCUGAGACGCCUCUAGCAUUCCUCCCUCCAGAUCUCGCAUCGCAGCUAGAGGUAUCGCGCUAUAUCUACGUGGCAAGUCUUGGUGCCUUCAUCUGGGAUAUCCUGUCCAAUGUACCGUCCGAUUACCAGCUCCUGUUCAAGCACAGGAUUGGCAUUCCUACUGCUGUCUACUUCUUCUCGAGAAUCACUGCAUUUGCUUAUGUUGUAACGAACACCGUGUUUCAAAUCGGCAGCGUAGGAAAUUGCCAGAUACUUCAAGUCACUUUAGCUGUUUGCUUCACACUCGCAGUCUCCUCGACGUCCCUGCUCUUCUUCUUCCGUAUUCGCGCGAUCUUCAAUCAAGAGAAGAUAGUUGUUGUGCUAUUCGGCUUUCUAUGGCUUUGCGUGUUCGCAGGCUGUAUGACCGUUCCGUUUGCUAUAGCGGGCACUCAUAUUGGUCCGACCGUGUUCUGCAUCAACAGUGCUGUAAAACCGUACAGCUCCGCCGGAAUAAUUAUCUCCGCAGUGAACGAUACACUCGUUCUUAUCGCCAUAUCUUUGCGCAUUCUAUACAACAGUGCAUCUAUUCAAGAUAACGUUGGGGCACGCAUCAAAGCAUUCUGGAACGGAAGAUCGCUUCCGAGUCUCUCGAGGAGCAUCUUGCAGGGUGGACAGCAAUACUAUUUGAUCACUGUUAGUGGAAAUAUUCUUACUAUGGUAAUGAUACUUGCACCAUCCGUAGCACCGGUUUACCGUGCAAUGUUCACUAUUCCAAACGUGACGAUCGAAAACUGCAUGGCAUGCAAAGUGUUACGAGACAUCAAGUUCGGUGUCAUUGAACCUACAGGACAGUCGACGUUCCAGCGCACGACGCUCCGCGAUGGGAUGCCCAACCCCAACUUCCCUUUUCGGUAUGGUCAGGCCUGUGGGCCUAAAGAUACGUUCGAUACAGCACUCGUUGGAAGCGAGGCAACGUCUACGACAGUUGAGCCGUACCGUGGUGCACAAGUUCCAAUGGAACUCAACCUUGUCGGCACUGGUAGUAGCUGCUGCCAGUCUUCCACAUAUGUACACGGUUCGGACGUGAAAGUUGGUGGUGUUGACGUGUGA